GACAUUUGAUCAUUAUGAUUGAAUGAAAAUCACCUGCCCGAGAUGAAGUGUUCUCCACACACCCCCUCCCCACCCCAUCUCUUUCUCUAAUUCUUUUCGCCAAGGACAUAUAGCUGAACUUACAGAGGCAGAUUAAAAAGAUGAUGUAAUUCCAUGAAAUGUCUUACUUUCACUAUUAUUGAGCUCCUUGAGCAGUGGAUCUGUAUCUCAUUCAUCACGUAAUAAUCAUUCCAAAAACCAUUAACUCCAUGAAUAAAGAAAUAAUUAUCUCUAUACCCAGUAGAAACUAUGAAUUAGGAGGCAUUACAAAUCCUGUCUUUAAAUUCUGACUCCUUGAGGGCUAUUUUAGACAUGCCUAGGAAAACCCUAAACUCAACCAGGACAGUUCUGGCCAUAAUGCACAUAGUAAUUACUACCUAUCUUUUCACCUAGGACAUGUAUAAGAUAUAACUAUAAAAUUGUAACAAAAUAGCUUCGGUUUGCUGAUCUGACAAAGAGACCUGUCACAUUUACUGAGUUCGUUUAACCAUGGAAUUCAGAUGUUAAAAGAAACUAGACUACUGGAAGAACUUCUAAAAGUUUGUCAUAAGAUUUUUACAGUUUCUCUUGGCUGGAAACAUGUAAGUUGCCAGGAAAAGUUACUAAAGGAACUUUUAUCGCACGUCUGCUCAUUUUUCUGUACUUUAAGUUCUUAACCAGCUUAAAUUAAGAAACUUAAGAAACAGGGUGCAGGUGUACCAAAAGGUUUAAAGCAACUUCUGGUUAAGUACACAAGCAUCCUCUGUUAAUAGUUUUUAAAAGUCUCUUUUGCUCCAUACAUAGCAAGCACAGUUGAGACAACAGCCCACUGGGAAUCCAGGGGCUCAACCUAACAGUGGAGGGAACCACUAACGAACAGACUGCCAGUGGAACUCUCUUAGUAGUGAAGAUCCAUAAUAAACCCAGGAAAUGUUGUCUAAUUCAUCUUUGUAUCUCCAGCAUUUAAUAAACUGUGCCUAAAUGCAAAUAUCAGUAUGUGGUAUUUGCUCAAUGUAUUUAUUGAUGUGAGUAAAGUGAAAAUAGAAGCAUGCAUUCAUAAGCCUACUAAUGAUUCCUCAAAAUGCUGUGCCAGUGCUAAAAAAAAAAAAACUCCUCCAAUUUCUACAGCAGUGCCAUGUAGCAUAAUGGUUAAGAACAGAGCUUCAGAAUUCAAACAUCUUGUUUCAAUUUCCAGCGUGGCCUCUUUCUCAUCACUAACUAGCUGAUAUUUGGGCUAAUUAUUUAACAACUCCAAGCACUAGUUCUUCAUCUUUAAAAUGGCUAUUACAAUAAUAAAGCUGUUAAAAAAAAAAGUCUUUUAGACAGGUCCAGCAUGCUUAGCACAGUCAGAUUUUGGUGACUGCUGCUAGCUGCAUAGUCAAAUUCUACAUAAGCAAUCAACAAAUAAAUAUUGAUCUACUGAAAUCCACUUCUACCUUUGGAGACUAAGCUAUUUUAAGUAGGUCCUUAAGCAUUACCCUGCUACCUAAACUGAAAAAAAAAAAAAAAAAAAAAAAAGUGUUGAGCAAUGCAGUAUGGUGGAUAUAAAGACUAAAUGCUAAGAAACCUGGGUUUUAGUCUUAUCCUUUACACUUAGAAUAGCUCUCGGUCUCAUGUCUCCCAUUUAUAAAUCUCUUAAUAUUCCUUGCAGCAUUUCUAGGAAAGCUACACACACUUCUAAAAUACAAAGUCACAGGAUUCCAAAAAUUACACAGCAUGUUUCAUCAGCUACACUCAAACUUAUGAUAAGGACAAAAACUGAAAUUUUAAACCUAUAUUCAUUUUAAAGAAUAGAAAUUAUUCAGCGAGACAGGCGAGAUGAGGAUUAUGUAUGACUACAAACAUAUGCUACAUUAAAUUCCAAAACUAUAGAUUUCUAGGAGUUAAUUACUGUCCCUACAGUCUCAAGCGGAAAAACUGAUAAUUAAGGCUAUUAACGACAACAAAAAGACAGUGCCCCAGUGCUCUGCAGAGAAAAAAAAGGAAGGUGCCAAGGUGCCCAAGAGACUAUCCAUACAGAGGAAUCUUUCAGAGUAAGCACCUAGUACUUACUGCAAAAUCUGCAUGCUGGCAAAUUACUAAAGCAUCCUAAAAUAUUAGGAUAAGUAAAUAUAAUUAGUAAAACCUCAUUAACCACCGAAAGAUCUGGAACAAGUAUGCUAUAUCUACCGUAUCACUUUCUUGAAUUCUAUCAUAUAUGUAUUUUGAAGAAAGGGAAAAAUAAUUUUUUUUAAAUGCUGACAUUUAAAAGUGGCUAAAAAUGAAGUUUUGCUGCCUUCAAGAACACUAAAAACCACGUAAGAGGAAAAAAAGAAGUGGACCAUAUCACAUUACAUGUCAGUAAAGCAAUCCACGGCAGCUGACUGAUAUAAAUCCCAGGAAAAAAAAAACUAAGUUACAGAUAAAAAUAAAUGGUCUUACUCUUAGCUAGAUUACUGUAAAGUAGAUAAAAUUUAAGAAAGGGAAAAAAAAAAGCUUCCAGGGGAAGAGUACACUAAAAGGGUUAAAUUAUUCCAAGUUGCACAUAUAAACUUAUUACUUAAUGCCCUACAAAAUCAUGUAAAAAACAUGAAAACCAACAUCUAACACUGAAAAUAUUUAGAAUGUCUGUGCCUAUACAUAAGGUUAAAAAAAAAAACAAAGGAAAUAAGCUGGAAAAAAUAAAAUCAUAACCAUUCAUUUCAUAAUCAUCCCAUUUUUAUAUUACUCACUCAUCACUACACUUGUACUGAACAUAUAUAAUUUAUCACACAGAAGCAAAAUUUCUAAGCUUCUCCCUACCUUAGGUUUUUAGUCAAAAUGAAUGCAAACAAUCACGUGGGAUUCAGCCAAGCACUGACGUUAAAUUCUGCUCUGUCAGAAGAGAGCAUCUGUCAAGCCCACAUUUAAACUGCCGCCUGCCUGUGCAGCAGCUGAGGAACCGUGGAUUUCAAAUUAUAGACUAAAACCCCAGUAAAACUGUUCAAAAUCCUUCCUGCAGCUGGCAGGCAACAACAAAAGACGAGAGGUAAAUCCUAGUCUUUUCCAAUACAAUCGAAGCACUACAUUAUAGCUCUGGCUGCUUUUACAUUGCAGCUCAGUGUUAUUACUAGAAAUAUGGAUACUGAGAAGAGAAUACAGCACUGCAUUGUCCAGCCAGGAAAACAGCAGAUGUAAAAAGCUUCAAUGCAUCAACUGUCGGCAAGAGUCAACAGUGCUCCAAACAGAACGGACAACUACAGCUCUUUUGUUUAAAGAAAGAAAGAGAAAAUGAAAGAAAAAAAAAAUCUCACAAGACUAGGACCCAUAUGAACAAGGAGGGGAACUCGAAGAUAAGGAGACAGAUGGACACUUUGGAUACAGUGAAAAGCAAUCGCAGGAGGCAGACUGUUGGGGGAUGUGCGCAUGUUCGGAACAUCUUUUCUGCUGAAGUGAUGGCGUGCCAAAAGUAUUUUCAAUGGGCAUAAUCCUCUCACCAUAAAUGGCCUGACCGAGGAAGAAUGACUGCGAGGGACACAACGUGACCAAAUUAGAAAAUGAUUACCAAAGAACAGUAUUGACUCCGGAGAAGAAAACAACAUUUUCAGCCAUCAUUAUCUCAUAUCCCAUUAUUGGAUAUUUACAAAAUGCUUCAGUGGAGGAGAAGACACUGCUGCUUUGCAAAGAUGACCUGGAAUGCCAAAAGGUCUCUCUUCCGUACCCAUCUUAUUGGAGUACUUUCUCUAGUGUUUCUUUUUGCUAUGUUUUUGUUUUUCAAUCAUCAUGACUGGCUGCCAGGCAAAGCUGGAUUCAAAGAAAACCCUGUGACAUACACUUUCCGAGGAUUUCACUCUACAAAAAGUGAGACAAACCACAGCUCCCUUCGGAACAUCUGGAAAGAAACAGUCCCUCAAACGCUGAGGCCUCAAACAGCCACUAACUACAAUAACACAGACUUGUCACCACAAGGAGUUACAGGACUGGAGAAUACACUUAGUGCCAAUGGAAGUAUUUACAAUGAAAAAGGUACUGGACAUCCAAAUUCUUACCAUUUCAAAUAUAUUAUAAAUGAGCCUGAAAAAUGCCAAGAGAAAAGUCCUUUUCUAAUACUACUAAUAGCUGCAGAACCUGGACAAAUAGAAGCUAGAAGAGCUAUUCGGCAAACUUGGGGCAAUGAAAGUCUUGCACCUGGGAUCCAAAUCACACGAAUUUUUUUGUUGGGAAUAAGUAUUAAGCUAAAUGGCUACCUUCAACGUGCAAUACUGGAAGAAAGCAGACAAUAUCACGAUAUAAUUCAACAGGAAUAUUUAGAUACAUAUUAUAAUUUGACCAUUAAAACACUAAUGGGCAUGAACUGGGUCGCAACAUACUGUCCACGUAUUCCGUAUGUUAUGAAAACUGACAGUGACAUGUUUGUCAACACUGAAUAUUUAAUACAUAAGUUAUUGAAGCCCGACCUGCCUCCCAGGCAUAACUAUUUUACUGGUUAUCUAAUGAGAGGAUACGCACCCAAUCGAAACAAAGAUAGCAAGUGGUACAUGCCACCAGACCUCUAUCCAAGUGAGCGCUACCCUGUCUUCUGUUCUGGAACCGGUUAUGUUUUUUCUGGAGAUCUGGCAGAAAAGAUAUUUAAAGUUUCUUUAAGUAUCCGUCGUUUGCACUUGGAAGAUGUGUAUGUGGGGAUCUGUCUUGCCAAGUUGAGAAUUGAUCCUGUACCCCCUCCCAAUGAGUUUGUGUUCAAUCACUGGCGAGUUUCUUAUUCAAGCUGUAAAUACAGCCACCUAAUUACCUCUCAUCAGUUCCAGCCUAGUGAACUGAUAAAAUACUGGAACCAUUUACAACAAAAUAAGCACAAUGCCUGUGCCAAUGCAGCAAAAGAAAAGGGAGGCAGGUAUCGGCAUCGUAAACUACACUAGAAAAGACAACAAUUUUUUUCAAACAUGCAAUCUGUAAAUAUUACUAAAAGCAUGUAUAGUUAAAACUGAUUACAUCAAUAGAACAAGUUUUAGUUAAAGCCCAUCACAUGAAGAAAUUCAAAAAAUAUUUUUUUAAUUUCUGAAGGGGGUAAUUCUGAAAACUACACUAUAUAACACAAAAGGUAUCCCAAAAGAAAUCUAUUAGAAAAUGUAUAAGGGGGUUCUGUGUAUUAACAUGCAAUAACAGGCAUGCAUACAUCAAUGAUUCAAGUCUUAUUAUAGGGGCCAACAAAAUAUAUUUGCAUAUAUUUUCCAUAUAAAUUUUAACUUAAAAAAGAGACCUUCAAAAGACCCUUCAUUUUAAAUUUAGUUUUUCAUUUCAAUAUACAACUAAAUGUAAAUAAAAUAUUACUAUCAAUUCUAAGAAACCCUUUUAAUUGUGCAAAGUACAAAUUUUUUGACCUGGCUAUUCCAGAGUUCUCAAAACUAUAUUCCAUGCAAUUAGAUUUAAUUUAGUGAUUCCUCAAAUGCAUUUAUAAAGUUCAACUGUUUCACCAAUGCAGCUCUCAUUUAAGUAUUUAUUCUUUAAAAACAACUGAGAUACUCAUUUUAACUCCUUUUAUUAAUACUCAUAUAUAUCGGGGGAAACUUAUUUUGACAUGAUGUGAUAAAAUGUGAAAAUCAAUGUGUCUCAGGCUCAAGAUUUUAUAAAAGAAGUUAUUAAAUGUUUCCAAAUAGACAAACUUUGUUUCCUCGUUGGUGUUAAGAGCCAAACUAGUAUUUCAGUGAUUCAAUUAGAUCAUUUACUGCAUUCUUAAGAGUAUCACCAAUUAACUUCAAGCAUAUCUGACUAUACAAAUAUAUCAUGUUGCUCUAACUGAAGCAAAAGUGAGGUACAAAGAGGAUGUACUGUUGAAAAGAUAAAGAGUGCAGCAGCAAUUUCAUUCAAUACGCUUUUAAGAUACAUGUCUGCCAAACUGCAAUAUAAUGGGAAGUUUAUUUCCUGACAGCAGGGGCACACAUGCCGAUCCUUAAUCAUUUUAUGGCACCUAUUUCUUUGCCUGAGUGCCAAGUUUACAAACCUGCAAUUUUUAAUUUGGUAGAUGACAAAUAUUCUGCAUCAACAAUUAAAACCCUUCUUGAGGGGAAUGGGGGAAAACUACAAAUGUUUGGUGAACACUUGAUUCUAGGAUGAACAAUGUAUACGAUGCACUUUUAUCAAGUUUUUUAAUAAAAAAAACCAAGGUAAACAAAAAAAAUCUUUACUGAGUGUUAUGGUACAAAUAUUUUCACAGUAAUUUUAUUUGGCUCCAUCAAGAAAUAUUAACCCAACAACUUAAAAAUAUUAUUUCAUACAAGUGUAUAAAUUUAUCAGUCUUAGGAUGUUAUUUAACAUUAAUAACAAUCAUUUUUAUCCUUGAUUCUGCUCUGCAAAGAUAAAUCACCAGAACAGAACUGCAGUAUUUGUUAAAGUUGAGAAUCACAGAAACUGUUUAAGUACUUAAUACUUAAUGUGUUGAGUUCUAUUUACACUCAAUUUAUCUCUCAUUUUCAAAUCAGUAGCCUAAAUGUUCUGUUCCACAUUAAGUAAUUUUGAAACCUGACCUAUAUAACACUCCCCAGCUCUUGGUUCAAGUCUGUUUUUCACUUCAUUUACUCUAUAGGAUUACCGAUUGAUCAAAAUUACCAUAUAAUAGUCACAUAAGAGGGUAAUACCAAAUCACAUAAGCAAUUUUGAUAAAAGACAAAGGGAAUCCUUCCCUCGGUGUAGAGUAAUUCUGAUUUAUACUUCAGAAGUUUAAAAAGGGGGGAGAGGGUGUGUGUGUACAUGUGUGCAUAUAUGUGCACAGAGACAGAACCUAAGUGCUAUUUGUCCAAAUUAUGAUUAUAGUGCAGGAUCUUUAAAAUAUAGUAUUUUCAUUUAUGAAACAAAACAGGUUUAAAAAAAUGACUUACGUAGAAACAAUUCUUAACAGGCACCUAAACUCCUCCAAUCUCAGACAUCAAUUUAAAAUCAUUCUUAUAUUUUCUUAAUAUUAUCUUGAAGAACGAAAGUAAUCUGAUGAUACUCUGAGUUCUUAAAGGACAAUGAAUCAAACAGUAAAGCUUCUUAGUACUGCUGAAAAUUCUCAUUUUAAAAUAAAGUCUGUUAUUAAUUAAUUUUUACCAUCCACUCUCAACAUUAGCUAAUUUCUUGAGCAAAAUCAGCUGAUAUUUCAACACCUCACCAAGUGUAAAUUAUGCCUUCUUCAUGCCCAGUACUAUGUAAUUUGUAUUAAAUAUGAAAAUACAAUUUUAAAUGGUGGCACUGCAUUUGAUCAAAGGGGAAAAAAAUACAGGAAUAACAACUAUGUAAUCAUUACAUUCAAACGAACUGUUAAUAGAUAUUUUGGAAGAUAAAAAUACCAAAACUUCUAAUACUUACACUAACUUAUUUUGAUCAAGAUUAGUAGUGACAAAGUUCUAAUUCAACCAAAUAAUUUAGAUUUCUCCUCAUCCCUUUACAUACAGCAUAAUCACAACACUCUCAACUGGAACUUUAUAGCUAUUUCCAACAAAUUCUACAGAAAUAAUACCAAUAACAGCAGCAGGAACUAUUUGCUAACUGAGCAAGCACUGUGUUAAAGUACAUACAGUCAUAUAAUUCUUAUAAACAAUACUAAGAGAUAGGAAAGAAAGACUCAUACAAGAGGUUAAAUAUCUAAGACCACCAGCUAGUAAAGGAGCAGGGUUCCAUUUCAAAGAUCAUGCUUUUAACCAUUAUGCUAUUCUGCUAUAUUUCACAUAUGACACUUGCUAAAAGGCCUAAAAAGCUAAGCAAAAUGGCCUCUCUCUCUAUUCUUCCAUUCUCUGCCAGGGCCUCCAUGCUUCACAGACAUUUUCAUACACUGGAAGAGGCACCCAACGUUAGGUGUAAAUAAUGAGAAGGGAAGGUAAAAGACAUCUGAUCUCUCAGCCAUUAUCUCUUCUUCUCAGUCGUUGAAUCUGGCAGUCAGAACCUUUGAAACACACGUGCACCAUUGCUUAUCUCUUGCCCCUUUGGCACUGAGGUACAUCAGUACACUGCACGCAAGUGGCACUUAGAAAUUAUAAAAAGUGUUUCUCUGAAAGCACAAUUAAUAAUUUUUAAUAGAGAAAAGUGGCACUAUAUUUACCCACCCCACCGUUCAGUAACCUAAUGUUUGGUGGUGAGGUGGUAAAAUCCAAAUAUCUAGCUGAUUCAGGUUUUUGUUUUGUUUUUUUUCUGGAAAAUUUCAUUAUUGUAUUAGCAUAGAUUUAAGAAGCCAAAAUAAACCUACUACUGUACAUACAUUUCUAAGAUACCUCACAGACAUAUCAAUUUGAUAGACAUUCAUGUCUAUCAAAUAAUAGAAAGGGACAUCUUGAGUUUUGAGAGUAACCUGUCAAUGUACAAUCCUUAUUCACCUUCCCCAAGCAUGAUAUAGUUAUAAACCUUACUGCUGUCAAGACACAAUUUCCCAAAGAGGAAGAAAAAUGCCUCUCUAUCUACACAAAAUUGUUUCCUCUUCCUCUACCACAACAAAUGGUGAGCAAAAGCACAAUUGGAGCUAAAGCAUCCAAUUGUCUCAAUGUAUUUAUUAAUCUAAGUUUUUCAAUUUCCAACUGAAUCUGACAGAUUCUACAUUUGAAUCUCACUUUACACGGUAUCCUAAACGUUAAAAAAAUGAAAAUAGAUUAACAGUAUAAUUUAAAACUACGAAAUGACAGAAACCUAAAACAUAAUAUGCAAAAUCUUAAAUUCAUGACUUACAAAUGAAUUUGCAAUUAAAUGUUUAAAAGAUACUAAUAUAUAGAACAUAGUAAAAUUAAUAUGGAUUAUCUGCCUCACUGUCGUCAUUAAAAUACUAUUAAAACACAUGAAUAUAGAAAAUAAUAUUAACAUGAAUUUCAGAUGACAAUGAGAAUUUUCAAAGGUACUGAUGGUUUGAAACAAACUAGUUAAGUCAAAUUAUGACCACUUCAGUAAUUCCUUUAAAGGAAUUGAAUAAAACUUUAUUCCACUUGUGAUUUAAAAAAAAAUACUCUUAAAAAAUUAAUGUUAGAAGGAAUCAUCUUAAACAAUAUUCUAUUAGUCAAAAUCAUAUUUCAUUGCCAGACAAAAUUAGGAGUAGGAAUAAAGAUGCUAAGUCCAUGAUUAUAUACUUUCAUAAAUGAACAAUAGUUUUCAAACUAAAUUUUCCCAGGUGUCUCAGUGAUAAUUAGUAAACCCAAGAAAGAGGUGUUUUAGAGUUCUGCCCUCACUUGAAUAGCAGCUACGCUUUUAUGUUUAAUAUGAAGGAGUUCCAUGUCAAAGCUAAUCUGAAAAAAGGGUUCUACUGCUUCAAAAAAAACUGAAAACUACCUCAAUGAAUUUUGAACUGAAAUAAGUAUGGCUAUAGAAAAGAGGGGGAAAAAAUGUUAUUUACAUAUUAUAUGUCUAGGAAAUCCUAAAGAACCAACUGACUCAAAGAAUAAAAAGAACUCAGAAACAAAAUAAUAUUAAAAUAACAAUCAGUUACAAAAUAAAUACAGAAAAAUAUAAUUCGUAACAGCAACAUUUUUAAAAAGCAUAACAAGAACUGAGUAGGAAUUCUAUGGAAAAAACUAAGUUUUACUGAGAAGUAUAAAAACUAACAAUAAAAGGAGAGAUCUUUUUUAUUAGGUAACAACAAUAUCUACUAGAAAAUAGAAAUUCUUCCCAAAUAACAUGUUUUGUUCAUCUGCAUUUUCUAAGGAAAAAAAUCUUAUAAUUAAUUUAUGAAGUUAAUAGUAACAAUCCAAUCACAUAGUAAUAAUUUAGGUUUUUAGUGUGUGGGGUGGAAAUCACAAAAUGAUUAUCAUAUUAACAUGAAAAAAUAACUAUCAGUAGCUAAGAAAAUAUUGAGAAUGAUGAUAAAUGAGAUCCUUACUGUAAAGCAACGAUCAUUAUGAUGUGUACUGGUACAAUAAUUAGAAGGUCAAAUCAAGAAAAAGAAAGCCCUGAAAGAUACUUUAAAAUUUAUAUUAACUUAGUAUCAUGAACAAAUUAGGAUUUAAUAAAUUAUUCUAAUAUUCCAUUAGUCAACAGAAAAACUGGCUAAUAAUUGGGAUUUAAUGUUUAAGACUCAAGUUAAGUCCUUAUACUAUUACUUAACUCACAUUUAUACUAUUACAAAAAUAAAAACCAGGUGGAACAAAGUAAGAACAAUGUUGUACUAAUAACUAUCAAACACCUAUUAUGAGCUAGGUAUUGUUACGCAUUGUAAUGAGGGGGUAGGGAGAGGGACUAAUCGAUGAUAGAGUGUGAAGGACUUUUAAAGUAUGAAAGCAGAGAAAAAAAAUCAAACAGGCAAAGAAAAACAGAAAACUAACUUCUAAAUAAUCAAAACUUGUACCAUAAAAUUAAAAGACAAAAGGCAAGUUAUAAAUUGAUAAAAUGUCUAGAAUGACUGACCAAACCAAAAAACUCAAUGUCCCUCGAGUCGAUUCUGACUCAUAGUGACCCUGUAAGACAGAGCAGAAAUGCCCCAUAGGGCUUCCAAGGAAUGGCUGGUGGAUUCAAACUGCCGACCUUUUGAUCAGCAACCAAGCUCUGAACCACUGUGCCACCAGGGUUCCAGAAUGACUGACAACAGGGUAAUACUGUUGAUACAGAACGAACUCUUAAAGACCAAUAAGAAGACAUUAACAUUCCAAAAGAAAUUUGACUAGCAGCCACAGAUUAAAUUACAAAUAAUGAAAUCAUCCAGUAAAUAAAAUAUAUUCAGCCUCAUUAGCCGUCUUACAAAUGCUGUUAGACACUACCUUUACCUAUCAAACUGGAAGAUAUUUUUUAAAGUAAUAGUCUAUGGAGGUAAUAAAAGUGCCGUGUGCACGUGUACUGCCAACAGCAGUGUAAACUGGUACAGCCUUUCUGAAAAACAAUUUAAAAAUAUUUAACAAAAGCCUUUGAGCCAUUCACCCACUCCUAAAAAUCCAUCAUAAAGCAAUAAUCAGGGAAGUAAAAUACUGGAAACAUCUUAAAUUUCUAAACUAGAGAUUAAGUAAAUUGUGGUAGAGUUAAAUUAUGGAAUAGUACAGUCAUUUACAAUUUGGAUUUGAAGAUUACUUAAUAACAUGGAAAAAUAGUCAUUUUUCUCUAUUAAGAAAAAAAUAGGAUACAAAACAAUGUACAGUGUGAUUCAUAUUUCACAACCAUAUACAUAAACAAAACUAGAAAAUACACAAAAAAUAAAUGGUGACCUCUGGAAAGUGAGGUAAGUAUUUUCUUCUUCAUAUUUUUCUGUAUUUUUCCGUGUUUACAAUCAGUGAAAAAUAAAAACAUUAACAAGCUAAUGAACAUCAUGUUAAAGCUCGUACUUUAAUAUAUAUACUGUAUAAUUAUCACAUACUCACUACGUUCACUCACCAAGUCCAAUCUAAUUUAAUCAGAUAUCAAAUAAAUUGCAAAUAUUACUUUUAAAGAACUUUCUAGAGUUAAAGAAUGAUAAUCAAAAUUUUUAAACAGUCACUGGACUAGAAGAUCUUUAAAAGAUACGUUUUUCAAUCGUUUAUCAAAUAUUUAUUGAGAACCUACUAUUUGCCAGGUACAGACACUAUGAUGAUAACUAGACAAGACAUGGUCUGCCUUUAAUAAAUGAGGUCUGGACAGGUGUACAGCCAUAUGGGGAAAAAACAGAUUUAGAUCUGUUCCUCAACCACCUAUCAGAAUACCUUUCAAAUAGAUCAAAGAUCUAAAUGUAAAUAAUGAAACAAACCAGUUCUAGAAAGAAAGAAAGAAAAAACAAAAAUCAAGCAAAUUCCAUUGUAACUUUAGAAAGGAAGAAACUUUCACAAUUAUAACAAAAAAUCCAGAAGCAGCAAAAGAUUAAAAAUCUGAUUACAAAAAAUAUGAAAAACAACUUGCGCAUGGCAAUAAAAACAUCAUCGGCAAAAUCAGAAGACAAAUGACAAACUGGAAAGGAUAUUUCCAAUCUAUAAACAUCUAUACUGCCGGUAUAUUUUUUUUCAAAAACAAAGAGGGGGGGAGAGAAGAAAAAAGACCAACAUUCUGACAGAAAAAUAGCAAAAAAUAAAUAUAUAUAUAUAUUAAUAGACCAUUUAUAGAAAAAGAAAUUAUAUACUCCCUAAACAUGCUCAACCUUGGCCACAAUAACAGAAAUGCAAAAGAAAACGUAACUCAGAAACCAUUCUUUAUCUAUCAAAUUAGCAAAAAAUUAAGUCUGACUGACAUUAUUCUUUACUGAUAAAGAAUAAUAUGGAAAUAGGCACAGUCAUCCAUGCUAGUGGGGACGUCAAUGGUACAACUCUUAACAAAGGCGAAUUUGGUAAUAUCUAACAAAAUUACAUAAGCAUUUACCCUUUUACCCAGCAAUCUUUUAUCUAAGAAUCUCUCCCCAAAGUACACUCAUAACAAUAUGAAAUAAAGACUAAUAACUAAGACAUGAUUUGUAAUAGCAGAAGACAGGAAACAACUUCAAUGUUCAUCCACAUGGAACUGGUUAAAUAAACCAAAGCACACCCACACCACAGUUAAGACUGUAUAUCCCUAGAAGGACACAGACUAAGGAAAAAAAAUAAUUGCACUCGGCUAUUUACAGUAAAUGGUAAUAUCAGUAUUGUUAUUUUUGAAAUUAAAUUGUUGGAACGAAUUCAUUUGAAGUUCACUGCCCUGAAGAAAUAAUCCAUUAAAGCCCUGCAACGUAGACCCCUAGAGAUGCUAUGGUUCCUGUCCCUUCUACCUCUUGUUUCUUCGAUUUUAUGAGCUCCCCCAUAUUCUUCUAAUUUCUCUCGGAGGGUGUACUUCAGUUAGAAUGAAUUUUUACUUGCAAUCAAAAAAUCCUGACAGAAAACCUACUACUAGCAAAUUUUGCAGUUAUAAAAUUGUUCCUAUCUCCUAUGAUUCCCUUGUUGUUGUGUGCUGUCAAUUCCGACUCAUAGGGACCCUAUAGGAUAGAGCAGAAUUGUCCCACAGGGUUUCCUAAACACUCUGCUUCCAUAAAGAUUACAGCCUUGGAACCCUAUGGGGCAGCUCAACUCUGUCGCUAUAGGGGCCCUGCGAGUCGGAAUCAACUCAACAGCAAUGGGUUUGGGGUUUUGCUUCUUUUGUUUUUGGCAUCUUUAUGCGAACAGAUUGCCAGGUCUUUUCUCCCACACAGCCCCUGGUGGGUUCCAACCACCAAUCUUUCAGUUAGCCACCAAGGGCUUAACCACUGCACCACCAGGCCUCCUUUGGUGUAAUUCCAUAAUGCUUUGUAAAGAGGACCAUGCACUGUGUGUGCUCUGCCACCUGAACAAACCAGGGAUGCAAAGGGAUGCGUGAACAACUUCUCUGUUAAAUAAGACAGGCUGAAAAUUUUCUAUCUGUUUAUAGUCCACAUCCAGUCAAUUCUCAAAAGAACAAAGGAGUUCUUGCGCAUACAACAUAUGGAGAUGAGACCAUGUUGCUACAAAUGCCUUAUUACAGAGGAGGCAUUAGACAACAGGGCUUGGGGACCUGCGUUCCAAGGUCACACCACCAGGAAGAAGGACCAAUAUGUCUCCAAAGCAAGUAACCAUAAAAGUGGACCACCUGAGUCUGAUAUGCUGUAAAAUGUUGUCUGAGCCUAGAAGUUACAGAACAGAGAGGACUGGCUCACAACUGUUUCACAAUGGAUGUUUUAAAUUUUAUUCCUUUAUCAGAAAUAUGUUUGUCUCCUGACAAGUUUUUAAAAAAAAAAAAAAAAAAAAAAA